UACAGCCUUGAGGGCUAUAAACACAACUGAUCACUUGAAUUUAUAUCGAUGUGCUGAAGAUUGCGAACAAGUGUAUCCGAUUUUAAAUGUCAAAAAUAACAGUUUCACAUACCUACCAAUUCUACAUCUUACACAACAGCUAUAUGUGGGGAAAUCCGAUUUCGUUAUGUAAAAAAUCUGGUAGGCGCCUUUCAAACUCAACCAACGAAACUCUCGACAAGAAAUAUGAAUAAGUAGUCUUCAAAAACACAAGGUAUUUCGCAGUGAGGCGAUUUGCACCACAUUUGUGAAUUUCCUGUGAAUUGAUUGAGUAUCGGUGAUACAAUCAAUUGCAUUUCAGUGGAAUCAAGAGAGCAUUGACUCAAUCGAGUGUGACGUGAACGAUAAGAUUAAAUUGUGUAAACCCAGGGAAAAAAGUAGGUACCUGUAGUAGUGAGUUGUCAAUGUUUAGACACUGCCAGCAGUUGAGGUAGUCGGCAGCUAUAAUUACCUCAAAUAAGUACCGGCGCCAUGCACAUUGAGAAAAUAAACAGAAUGCGAAGUUCACAAAUGAUCGUAAUCUGCAUAAUUAUUUACUGUCUACGUUUUUGUGAAGGACAACGAAGUGAAUUGAAUUCGACGGAAAUGUUUGAGGACAGUGUUUUUCUUGAAGUUCCAAAAUGCUGUGAGGAUAAUGGUACAAUGAUACGAGGAACAUAUUCCUGUACAAGCUUGAAUUCCACUGUGAACUAUGAGCACAAUUAUUUCGACAGUAAUGAAACGCAUAUCGACGAAGAUUCCGUGAAGUUCACACCAACAUUCUAUCAACAGCUCAUUUUCUGCACAACAGGAUUUGUGAGGGUUUUGAUUUAUCACAAUGAAGUAGCGGGUUUCACUUACAACUCCUCUAUCAUUGUCGGAACUGGACUGAUUCUGCCCGAUAAAUACUGCGUGGAUUCAUCUGAUGGAAGGAUUGCGUUCCUGACAUGUUUAAGACUGGUACAACCCUUACAGGCGCAAGUGCCACUUGCUUAUUUUCUGACAUUGCUCAUUAUUUCAACACUGUGCUGCUUUGGCACUGCUGUGAUCUAUCCGUACAUGAUGAAGCUGAAGGAAGUCCAUAAGAAAUGUUUUGUUGGAUACUCCAUCUCAACAGGUUUCGCUAUAUUAUUCGAAAUAAUUCUUCAAACCGAUUUCGCAUCCAGUGGCUGUGAUUUUGUAGGUUCGUUGUUCUUCUUCUGCACUAUAUCGUCAUUCGUCUGGUUGGCAUGUUUGUGUAUCGAUCUGAUAGUUAGAUUAAG